ACAAUUGUUUGGAGCAUUUGAUUCGUAACACGCCAGUAAUCUUGCUCUCUAUAUAAAGAAGCGUAUUUUGAUAAACCUAUGCAAAUUUAAUAAAGCAUCUGCAGAGAGAAAACGAACAUCGUGAUAUAAAUAACAGAUAAUAAAAUGAAAGUGAUCUUUAAUGUUGUUUUACUAUUCGUGGUUGCACAUGGUUUAGAUGAGCUGAUUAGAGAUUACGAAACAUGUUUAAAAACAGCGGAGUUAGUAGCCACCAUUCCUGUAUUAGCUAUGUCCUACAAGGUAUCGUUUGAUUUAAAACCCAAGUCAUACUCAUAUGGUUUUCAUAGUGUUCUUCAUUUCGCAGUUGGUAAUGAUAUCAGUGAAAUCGGUGACAGAACUCCGGCACUUUGGUUACGACCCUAUGAGCCUAACUAUAAGGGUUCUCACAUUACUGCACCGAUAAAUGGAAAAAGGAAUAGAGAAAUCAAUAUCAAUGCCCCUCCUCUCAAUGUGUGGACACACGUUGUUAUUAGUCAUCAACGUAUUGAUGACAAAUAUGUUUUCACAAUUGACGUAAAUGGAACAAACGCAUUUUAUGAAAAUAAUGCCAAUCCCUAAAAAUUUGAAAAUGUCAAUAUUUUUGCUUCAGAUCCGUGGUAUCCAUCUCAAGAUGGAUCGAUAAAAAAUCUCAUUUUUGAAAACGGGGAGCCUGGUAUUACUUUUUUUAAUAGUCUUUUUUACUAUUUUUGUCUAACGCAUUUAAAUCAGGCGUAUCAAAGAGUCUGCUUUUUCGUUUUGUA